UUUUAUUAUAGAGGAAUGUUGCAUUUUUGUCUUUAAUUCAAUACAUUAUCUAAUACAAUAUGUUUUUUGUGAAAUGAUUUGAAUCACCACAAAAUCCAGAGAUGUCAAUGAUACAAAAGAUUUUAUUGUUUGUUGGUUUGUGACGCCAGUUAGAGGGAAGUAUAUAUCACGCUGCUACAAAUGGAGAUUAAUGGCGACAGAAGAAAACAACGCUACAACUUGAAGACCAGACCAGAUCAGAAAUCCCACAUGUAAACGGAUCAGUAUUUAAUCGGAUAAAGAUGAGCAUUUGGAAUAUUUUGAUAAUCUUAGGUGUUAUAUUAAGUAAAGUAGAAGAUUGUGUAUCAAUAAUAGAGCCCAGGUUAUUGGGGACCAAUAGUUUACAACCAGAUAAUAUACCUGCAGGUUACCAAUUAGAUCAACAUCAUACAGAAGGAAAUGAAAACAUUAAUAAUGAACAAGAACCACUACAUGAACAUAAUCCUAACACUGUUCAUCAUGCUCCCUCUUUUCAACACGAACAUCCUGAAGUCAUCAAUCCAAACCCAACAGUUGGUUUACAAGCAAUAGCACCAGCCACACCACCAACUUUACCCACAAACAACGAAACCCAGCUAGAACCAAAUGUGGGUGAUCAUCAUUCAGAAACUCCACAACUUCAUACAAGCUUCCCAGAUCAUUUAUCUCUAGAAAGGACAGCAGGUGUUGCAGGAAGUAGCACUACACCACUUUCAACCAUCCCUACAUCUCAUCACAAUGAACAAACAAGUUCAACUGCUAUCAAGCCUCUGCUGCAGUCCUCAGAAACAUCAGUAUCUUUUCAAUCUGCAGGAAGCCUCUUUCCAACGUUGGUUUACCCCAGGCCACAUACAACAGCCACCUGCGAUUUGUUGUGCUUGUUAAUCAGGUCUGGUCAGCUUGCAGCUUCAUCCACAUUGGGCAAAAUCAAUAGUUCUCCUGUUCCUAAUUUGCUUCUAGUAUCUGUAUCCCAAAUAUUCCCUACAACCACCACAGAAAUAGUUCCAUUGCCUACUCAAAGUCCAGGACUAAUUUUACCAGAACAUAGAAUCCCAGAAUCUGUUCCCACCAUGGCGAGAUCCAGUUCUACCACACCACAUGUUACGGCAUCAACAUCAAGGAUAUGGAUGACUCUCUUUCCUAAAAACAACACAACUGUUAACAGAGUCACAGAUUUACCCACACCACAAAUUGUUUUGCCUACAGUACAAGCAUUGAACAGAUUGACCACAAUUACUCCUGAAGUUCUUACUUUAUUUCCAUUAAUUACAAACUCAACAUCUCCAGCUACACCCAUGGAAACUACGGUGAGAAGAGAUUCAGAUAUACUGGUUCCAAUUACAGAGGAACGGAACACACAGGGCACAACAGAAAGAGCACCAACAGCAGCUCAACCAUCUUCAACCUCUCAGACAAGCUUCUCGUCUAGGCCAACUACGGGAACAGCUUCAACACCCACAACAGCAUCCUCAACCACAAGGCCCACAACAUCUUCAACCACAUCUCUGCCAACCACAAAUAAUACCAUUCCGGAAACCAUGAGACCAAUUACAACAUCACAUGCCUCCACAACCACGCCAUUUCCAUCAACUACGUCUACGAAUUUGAUAUCAGUACAAUCAGAAGAAUCGACUCCUACAUCUGCAACAACCAUACCCACUACAACCAGUUUAAUGCCAACAACUAAUUCUACAAAUGAAAACACGACACAACCCUCCACAAUAAUAGGAAGUACAAAAAGACAUGAUAAACACAAAAUUAAACAGAGAACACACCUUACAUUUACCCCUACUGCUGGAGCAUCAGCCACAACUACAAAUUCGGUAUCAUCAACAAAUCCUGUGUCAUCGACAAAUGCUGUUCCAACGACAACAUCAUAUGUUACCCGGAAGAUCCAUCAUAACUGGUCCGCCAACAAUAGGACAACCACCAGGAGAACAACUAUACAUAUUGGUUUUAUGGGAACCACAACAAAGGGAGCCCUCAGUUCGUCAACUAGCACUCAGAAACCAUACACAACUGAGAUAAAUUUAACUUCUACAAUUUCCACAACCAAGAAAAAGUUAGGUAGUACAACAACAUUGCUGAGUAUUUUAACUUCGACGGUUAAUAACGGCUCCAAUACCACGCAAUCACCAACAACAUUUAUAAAUCAAAACAUAACAGUUCAUGAGACAGUCUCGGGAUCAACCAUCAACAAUGUUUCUAGUGCUUCUCCUGCAUCAACUGUUAGUACACCUCCUGGAGAGCAACAUCCUGUGACUACUCCAAGCUCUCCUCUAUUGCAAUCUUCAGUGCUACCAUCAGCUUCCACCACUUUUAAAAGCCUACCUCCUGUGUUUGUGACAGUACGAUUUCGUAUGUCUUGGUCAAUGUUUUGUGUGAACUACCAGACCUUUCAGCAUGAAGUGGUAGAUAUAUUAGAAGCCAAUUAUAAAGAUAGUUUUAACGAAGAGCAGGUUAAGAUUAUGAAUGAAGAGAUCAAUUAUUGUGUUGAACCUUGGUCUGUAGCUGAGGAGGAGUAUAUCUAUGUUCGUCUGUAUAUAGUGGAUUAUGAUGGCCAGUACGAUAGUUCGUUGACCGUUGAUUGUGCUCAGUAUUUUCAAACUGGAUUCAGGGAUGAAUCUUUCUUUAAGGACAAGUUGGUGAGAGUAACCUUAAAUACAAAAGAUGAGAGUCGAUCUAAUAUUAUUGCUACAGCUGACCCUAAUGCAGAAUCUGAAGAUAUAUCUGGUGUUACUGUUGCUAUAACUAUAGCUUCAGUUGGUGGUAUCUGUUGUAUAGCGGUUAUAGUAUUACAGUUUAUGAUGAAGAGACGAUAUCGCAAAACCCGUACACUCCAUCACAGUCACAGCCAUAGUAAUAGGAGAAGGUUUUCUGUAGCAAGUAAUGAUUCCAUAGCCCUGGCAUCAGUAAAAAGUCGACCUAACAGCGGCCUCUUCAACCCAGCAUUAGAUUUAGAUAUACAAAAAUUCAUCAACAAUAAUGGAGUCUUAUCAAAUCCUGUUAAUUUUGCUGGUUUAGCUAACCUGUGUUCUGAACCAGAGUCAAUUUAUGAGGAAUUUUAUGCUAUAAAGAAUGAGAUGCCAAGAUUGUCCACUGUACCAUCAGGAGCAGAAGAUAAGAAUAGAUAUGCUAAUGUUAUUCCAAUACCAAGAACUCGUGUAAGCCUAAAGAGAAAAUUAAGUCAAGCUACAUCAGAUUAUAUCAACGCUAACUUUGUCACAGGUUAUCCUGAUGAAUCGAAGGCGUAUAUAGCCACACAAGCACCAUUAGCUAAUACUAAAGCUGAUUUCUGGAGAAUGAUCUGGGAACAACAGUCUAGAGUUAUUGUUAUGUUAACAGCUAUGGAUGAACAUGGCCAUCCAAAAUGUGCUGAAUACUGGCCGGACUGUCUUGGUACAUUGAUUAAAUAUGCUGAAUUUACGGUGACUUUAAAGAAGAGAGACGUUACACAAGAAUAUAUCAUGUCUACAAUAGAACUUAAAGAUAUAGAUAAUAAUUUAUUUCGAGAGAUAAAACAUAUUUGGUACACAUGUUGGCCAAUGCAAGGUUUACCUGAAGCCAUUUCUCUUGUCAAAUUUACAAUUGAAAUCAGAAAAUUAUAUGAAGAUAGUGGAGGUCCUCUAGUUGUUCAUUGCAGUCCUGGUACAGGUAGAACUGGUACAUUAUUAGGUAUAGAUAUUUGUAUGAGACAAUAUGAACAAGAGAGGGUGGCGGACGUAUUAAACUGUGUCAGUAAAAUGAGGAAGGAAAGAGCUGGAGCCGUACAAACUAAAGAACAAUACGCUCUAAUGUAUCAGGCGUUGAAUGAAUAUGCUUUAUAUUUAAACAGUCCUUCCAUCUCGGCUGCUUCAUCAGUAAUGACACUUCACGCUGUUCAUUGAACUCUGCUUCGUCAGUGAUUACAAUUCACACUAUUAAUUGAACUCUGCUUCGUCAGUGAUUACAAUUCGCGCUCUUAAUUGUACAAGAAAACAGUGGUGUUAAACACAAAAAUAAACUCCAUAAAGUUUGAUUUUUAUCAUGGAUUAAACUAUUCUGAAGACGCAAACAUUACAGAGACAAAAAAACAUGUGAAUAACAAAAUAUAUGUUAUCAAAGUGAGGUUAAGACUAUGAGAUUUGUUUUAUGUGUGUCGGUGGGGUUUGUCUCACUCAUACCGAUGGGGUUUGUCUCACUCAUAUCGGUGGAGUUUGUCUCACUCAUAUCGGUGGGGUUUGUCUCACUCAUGUCGGUGGGGUUUGUCUCACUUAUAUCGGUGAGUUUGUCUCACUCAUAUCGGUGGAGUUUGUCUCACUCAUAUCGGUGGGGGUUGUCUCACUCAUGUUGGUGGGGUUUGUCUCACUCAUAUCGAUGGGGUCUGUCUCACUCAUGUUGAUGGAGUUUGUCUCACUCAUGUCGGUGGGGUUUGUCUCACACAUAUCGGUGGGGUUUGUCUCACUCAUGUCGGUGGGGUUUGUCUCACUCAUGUCGGUGGGGUUUGUCUCACUCAUAUCGGUGGGGUUUGUCUCACUCAUAUCGGUGGGGUCCGUCUCACUCAUGUCGGUGGGGUCUGUCUCACACAUAUAUCGGUGGGGGUUGUCUCACUCAUGUUGGUGGGGGUUGUCUCACUCAUGUUGGUGGGGUUUGUCUCACUCAUGUCAGUGGGGUUUGUCUCACACAUAUAUCGGUGGGGGUUGUCUCACUCAUGUUGAUGGAGUUUGUCUCACUCAUUACGGUGGAGUUUGUCUCACUCAUUACGGUGGAGUUUGUCUCACUCAUUGCGGUGGAGUUUGUCUCACACAUAUCGGUGGGGUUUGUCUCACACAUAUCGGUGGGGUUUGUCUCACUUAUCGAUUUCGUGCAGGUGUUUCCGCAAGAGAAAAAGACCACCAUAAGCAAUAAUAACGUAAAGUCAAGUCAAGUGCGUUUGGCGACCACAAUGCCAUAUCUAGUCGACAAUAUUUAUCUACAAAAAGCAAUGUUAAGCUGUUUGAUGUUUUUGAAUGAAGAACAUGAAUCCGGAAAUGUAUGAUUUGAGCUCAGGAACCGUUUUAAACAGAAGGAAACACGGUGCACAGUAGACGAUUUGUGAAGGAAGGAGUCAUCAGCAUCUGCUACAAGUCUUUAGUAUGAACACGCUUUAUAAAUUAUACUGGAUUUUUUAUAGAAUGGUCAAGAAUACAUUUCACGAUUUUUUUUACCAUAUCACCCGUGAUUAAGAAGGAAGUCACCGAGAAACAGAGCCUAAUUUGUGAGACAAUUUCACGGACAGAUCUCAUAGUUUUAACCGUGUGUAUGGCGGGUUUCGGUAUAACACCGCGAGAGAAGUUCUUGUGUAUAAUAUAUGAAGAACCGCGAGAGAAGUUCUGGUAUAUAAUAUAUGAAGAGCCGGGAGAGAAGUUCUGGUGUAUAAUAUAUGUUGAACCAGUUUAACACCGGGAGAGAAGUUCUUGUGUUUAAUAUAUGUAUAUAUAUCUGGAAAUAGUUAUUUUAGUUGUACGUAAUGAACUAAUAACUCAGUUAUUUGAGUUGUACGUAAUGAACUAGUAACUCAGUUAUUUGAGUUGUACGUAAUGAACUAGUAACUCAGUUAUUUUAGUUGUAAUGAACUAGUAACUCAGUUAUUUUAGUUGUCGUAAUGAACUAGUAACUCAGUUAUUUUAGUUGUAUGUAAUGAACUAGUAACUCAGUUAUUUUAGUUGUCGUAAUGAACUAGUAACUCAGUUAUUUUAGUUGUAUGUAAUGAACUAGUAACUCACAUUUUGACUUUUGUGUCGGAUUUAUCAUUAAAAAGAAGAGAAUUGUGUGCCAAACAACACUGAAGAGAUUGUGCCUGACAAGACAGAAUUUGUAUUUGUGCCUGACAUUGUCUGUGACCCGUUGGAAUAUAUAUAGGAAGGACCUUGGUAAAAGUGAUCACUUCAAGUGAAUUUCAGUAUUAUAGUGUAACCCUAGUCAAAUAUUGGGGCUUACUUGAUUUAUAACAGUUGAUUACUCCAGAACAAUAUUGGGGCUUACAGUUGAUUACUUCUGAACAAUACUCAGUGAAAUAUUGGGGCCCACAGUUGAUUACCCAAGAACAAUUUUCAGUGAAAUACUGGGACACACACAGCUGAUUACCCCAGUACAAAACUCAGUGAAAUAAUGGGGCCAACAGAUAAUUACCCCAGAACAAUACUACUCGGUAAAAUAUUGGGGUCCACAGUUGAUUACUCCAGAACAAUACCAAGUUAAGUUCUGGGCAGAAUAAAUGUGAGAAGGAAAACAUUUGUGUAAAACAAAACAAGAUGAGAAACUUUUUAUUCAAAUUAAAUAUAAAUCAGCCACAUUAAGUUCAGUGCUCCAAAUGAGAUCGGCUGUCAGGAAAACAUUUGAACCACUUCAUUUAAUACAGGUUCUAUACUCAGGGGACCCUUAUUCUAUAUUCUGGUCUCCCUUAUUCUUUCUUCCUUAUUAAAACACAGAUCCACAUUCAACCCCCAGCUUGUGGAACUCUAGGAAUGGUUACAACGAAGAUAUCCGCGAUAAUUUCAAAAUAAAAAAAACAAACUUCUAUUAAGUGCCUGCUUGAAAUGUUCGUCUCUGCUCGCUGCUGUUAACUGUGGCUUGAUUGCCAUGAUUUUGAUUGUCAAUGUAUGUCCGAGGUGCAGUUCAAUAACAAUGUUGAUUAAUUCUUGCAUUAAAUGUGAUAUCCAAUUGUGCCAAAUGUUUAAGAUAUAUUAAUUGCUUAUUUCUGUUAUUAUAAAUAGAACUAGAU